AUGCUAAACGAUAUUAUAGAUGAUAACGAUAAUAUAGAUGAAAACGAAAAUAUAGAUGAUAACGAUAAUAUAGAUGAUGACGAUGAUAUCGACUCUAACGAUGAUAUCGACUCUAACGAUGAUAUAGAUGAUAGCGGUCAUAUAGAGGAACUUCCAACUGAAACCGAAAAUAACCAGAAGACGAAGUAUAUUAUGGACAUGUUACAAGGUAUAUGUCAGAAUAUCCCAUUAAUUAUCAUGUAUUUAAAAGAAAUAACUUUAAAUAACGUUAAUAAGUUUAACGACGACUCGAUAAUAUUUAGCAUGUAUUUGACGUUCUGCGGCGACUACAAGGGAUACAUUGAUGCCCGUUGCAAUAGUCCAUUUCCCAGCAUUAAAGCUUUAAAAAAGGUUUUUGAGCACAAAUCGGAAAAUUGUGUAAGCGAGUCGAUGAUCAACAUUUGGAGUUGGAAUUUAUUUAAAUUAACCAAUGAG